AUGGCUUUGGACUCUUUGAUUCUGGUCCUCCCUAUCCCAUUGCUGUUUAGCAGCAAUACUGUUCGAAAGACGAGGCUGGGGCUCGUGGGACUCUUCAUUAUUGGGGCAAUAAUUAAUGUCAUUGCUGCAGGGCGUAUCGUCGCCAAUCGAGCAACAUCAGAUGAAGAGCCCGACCCUACAAGAUCCUUCCCCGCAAUCAUACUUUUAGGCGAAACUGAGAACCGACUGUCACUGGCCUUGGCAUCAAUCCCGGUGUUCUGGCCUGUCGUCACAAAGACGUGGAGCAACUUCAUCUUUGUGACGCAUGAGUUUAAAGUGGAGCGCACCACGAGGGAAUUUCCGAAUCGAUUAGAAUUAGGCGAUGUCCUGCCCAAGGAUCAAGCAUUUAACGGUGUUGUCCACAUCAACACUGAAGACGAGGCGACAGAGGCAGGACUCCGACAUCCCGGACGACUCUGCGAAGUAGAUCAAUACAUCCGACAUCUAAUAAGCCCGUUCUCCGAAGCGCAAAACUAUGAAGUUGCUACUUGGGCAAGAGAAGUUCACUAG